AUAUAUACUGUCUUAUAUAGUAGCGCUAGGAUACUGUAGACCUCAAACUCCAAUAAAAUGUCCAAAAUUGAUGUUUGGGGACUAUUGUGCAUUCAAGUGCCACUGUCGAAAUGACCAAUGCAAGCCGAGUGGGUCGUGCCGAGCCAAAUAUGACUGUGCCAAGCCGUACUUUGGAUAUAAAUGUCAAAUGGUGGACCUUGCUCCUCAAGCCAAAGAGCGGAACUUUUUGAAUGACUACAAUGAAAAGACAUGUGGAGUCAGGGGCAACAAAGGUCCUAUUACUCUUUCGUUUGACAAACCCUACAGGUUCACUCACGCUUAUAUGAGGUUUAAGACGAUGUAUAGAAGCCUAUCUUACCUCAAAUAUGACAUUCAGAUCAAGUUAAAAACUGGAGGUUUCAAUGUUGACUGCGGACCUCUUGAGGUUAGGGAAUUGAGUGCAACGGAUGCAGAACUCCGAUGUAAGAACGUAGUCAUGGACUUUGAUAUGAUCUCCUUAGAAGGCGAAGGUGUCCAGGUUCUCUGCUCUUUCCAUAUCAGUCGAGGUCGUAAUAUAAUUGGUGUGGCUAAUUUGAGUAAAUGGUAUAAAGAUGACGGAGCCAGGCCUGAAAAGAUCCGAGAUGGAGACACUGGCUUGAACAAUUGUUUUAUGGCUUGUCAUUACGAUGAGAAAAUGCAUGUCAAGUUUUCGUGGAGACAAGAGUACAUUCUACAUAGAAUUGUAAUUUACAACCAACAUUCAGGUGUACCUGGCUAUCUUAAACAAUUUACUUUAAGCUUCGCCUAUAGCAAAGAAGGUCAAACCAGAGUGGAGCUUCCGAAACAAGAGUAUAAAUGGAAGGACUACCAACUCAUCAUCGAUCUUCCAAUGCGUUUUGAAGAGUACAUCAAAGAGGUCACCAUCAGUCACCCAGCACGAAUCCCUCACUUUGGGUGGAGCAUGUCUAUUUGUGAAAUGGAGAUCUACGGAGAAUGCGCUGGAGACAAGCAAGGGCUCCUGUGUCAAGAGAAAUGCAUGUGGUGCCCGUCUAGAAAGUGUACCAGUGACGGCAAGUGUAUGCUCUGUUCCAGUGAGGCGCAGUCGAUAUGCCGAGCAAGAUGUUCCGGCUGCUUUGGAGAGUGUGACUCUAAUGGUGUUUGUGCACGGUGUAAGGACGGAUUCAAGGGCAGUAAAUGUUUGGAAACUUGUAUAAACUGUGGAGGUUCCGGCGUCUGUGACAAAAACGGCAAGUGUGAUUCCUGUAUCGACGGUUUCUACGGAGGCAACUGUGAAAAAUCGUGUUCCAACUGCGCAGGAAGUGGCGGCUGUGACACCGUGACGGGUGGUUGCAGUGAAGGUUGUAAAGAUGGUUUUUACUCACUGUUAUGUGAUAAACGAUGUACAAACUGUGCUAAGAAUACUUGUUCACGCAAGGAUGGAAAUUGUAACCAUGGCUGUCUUGCUGGAUUCAGGGGAAAUAAAUGUGAUGCAAAAUGUGUCAACUGUCUGGAGAACGGAUCCUGUGACAGGAACACAGGGAAGUGUACACACGGGUGUAAGCUUGGAUUCAGGGGCGCUGCUUGUGAUUCUAAAUGCACCAACUGUGCAGAAGAUGGCUCAUGUGGCAGGUUCACUGGAAAUUGUACAUUUGGUUGUUUACCUAGCUUCAAGGGAGAUGCUUGCAACGAAGCAUGUACCAAUUGUCACAAAGAUAAAUCAUGCGAUCGUUACACAGGAGCUUGCAAGCAUGGAUGUGUUAUGGGCUUUUUUGGAGAGAAUUGUUUGUCUAACUGUACUAACUGUCUGAUAGACUACUCAUGUGAGAGAGAAACAGGAGCUUGUAUCCACGGAUGUGUCCUUGGCUACAAGGGAGAUAAAUGUGACACUAAAUGUGGUAAUUGUGCCGGGGAUGGGUCAUGUGACCGUGACUCAGGAAAAUGUAACAGUGGAUGUAAACCUGGUUACAAAGGCGACCGGUGUGAUGCAACAUGCUCAAAGAACUGUGGCGGGUCAGGGGCAUGUAAACCUGAGGACGGCUGGUGCAAGGAUGGAUGCAAAAUUGGUUUCUUGGGGCCGGAAUGUAAUCAAGAGUGCGGUCAUUGCAGUGGUGAUGGGUCAUGUAACAGAGAGACAGGAGGAUGUCCAAAGGAAUGUAAGCCAGGAUUCAAGGGAGAUAGAUGCAACAGACCAAUCUCCUGUUCCCCCAACUGUAAAGCUAAUAAAUGUGAUCAGAGUACAGAGAAAUGUGUAGAUGGCUGUAUACCUGGUUUCUAUGGAGACUACUGCACUGAUAAAUGCGGGAACUGUGCUGGGGAUGGAUCAUGUGAUCAGCAAAAUGCUCACUGCAUUGGUGGAUGCCAAAUAUUCUGGAAAGGUGAUCUUUGUGAUAGCUCUUAUACUUGUCCUCCAGAUUGUGGCGAAGAUGGAAACUGCAUGCCUUCAACUGGGGCAUGUACUAGUGGAUGUAAACAUGGGUUUAGAGGGACUGAGUGCAAUCUAGAGUGUCCGAAGCAUUGCUCUGGAACAGGUCAAUGUGAGCAGAUGUCUGGAAAAUGUAUUGCCGGGUGCUCACCUGGCUUCCGUGGCAACGAAUGCCUCGAAGCCUGCAAUAAAGGAUGUGCCAAUGACCACUCAUGCAGUCGUCAAGAAGGUACAUGUGACUACGGCUGUAAUCCAGGAUUUAGUGGCCCUAAAUGUGAUGUAGAAACAAUGUGUUCUGAAAAUUGUGGUGGCAAUCGAACAUGUGACCUGGAGUCUGGCAAAUGCAGUGAGGGCUGUAAACCUGGAUACUAUGGAGAUGAUUGCAGUCAGUCUUGUACCAAGUGUGGGGGAGACCAAUCCUGUGACCAGGUAACAGGUCAUUGUAAACAAGGAUGUUUGCAGGGCUUCAAAGGAUACAGAUGUGAUCUAAUUACUACUGAUUGUAGCAUGUGUAAAGACAGUCAGUGUAACAUCAAUGGGAGCUGUACCUUAGGCUGUAUGCCUGGACUUGCUGGAGAUGAAUGUGACCUACAUUGUUAUGCAUGCAAUGCAGGAGGCUGUCACCAACAUAAUUUAACCUGUUUCAAUGGGUGUAAAAUUGGUUUCUAUAGACAUGACUGCAAUGCAGCCUGUGGUCACUGUGAUGGAGAUGAAUCCUGCCAUAGAACUACAGGGGUAUGCAAAUUCGGCUGCAAACCUGGCUUCAAAGGAAGUCUCUGUACUGAUAUACUAGACAGUGAAGCGAAGGAUGAUUUGCAGAGCUAUUCCAUCAUUGGCUACAUUGUAGCUGGGGCACUGGCUGGGAUGAUGGUCCUUUAUUUUAUUUUCUGUCAAAGUCCAGACGACAAAAGGGGAGAUGAUUCGUUAGAGUUGACCAAAGACUCCAAGGACAUAUCCAGCAAGACCAGUUCCACAGAGUCCAGUGCACACACUCCACUCUCUGGAACCAAGUAUGACACACACCAGAUGCAGACAGAGGACUUCAAAUCUGAUCCCAGCUCUGAUUUUACAGAUUGACUUUAUCUGUUGAUUGUGAAGAAUUAUUUACAAGUGCAGAGAUACUGGUACACAGUAUUGUUACAAAAACAUAAAUUAUUCAAAUCUUUAUAAAAAAAAAUUCUAAUACCUUUAUUGAUUUGGUAUU